GGUCAAUCUGAUACCGCUCAUUCAACUUUCGGUGGAAGUCUUGAUUUCACGACGCGGAGCAGAACUGACCGGCAAAUCGUGUGGUCAACUGCCGUGAUGCUUCCCGCCUAAAAUCUAUCUCUAGUCCUUGCCCGUUGGCUUUCAAAGGGGCCGCCCAUCCUACCAAUCCUCGCGCUACUCCUAGAUGGAAGCGGAAGUGUUCGCAAUUACCCAAGAUGCAAGCCACAAGGCGCCGGUCGCGGCGUAGAAUCUCAGCCCGGUUUAUAUCAUCCCCGAUAAAAGUCAACGCGGAGGACGGCAAGACCGUUUCUGAAGACGAUGGCGAUGAACUGGAAGACGAUGAUGAUCGCCCAGGACUUGGUAAAGGAAGGGGCAAAGGGAAAGGAGACCCGGACAAAUUUCCCAACCCAGCACCAACUUCGGAGGUUGUCACCCCAAGUUCAUCCAUAAUCCAACCGCCGCCCCCGAGCGAGACGUCAAAUCCACCGACCACUACUAGCAGCUCCCUAGAAAUUCCCCAGUCAACUUCGCCGUCUUCAAUACCAGUGCCGGUAUCAGAGACUUCCUCCCAAGUUGAGACUCAAACCGUUUCUCAAAGUCCAGCUCCCUCUACCUUAGAAACUAGCAUUACGACAAGCGAAAGCACUACUAGUUCUGAAACUACCACAAGCACAAGCACAAGCACAGGCACAAGCACAAGCCCGACCACCAGUACUAGUAUCACGACAAGCGAAACCACCAUCAGUGCCGGAACGACUACCGACAUAGUAAGCCUAACCACCAGCAUCGUAACGCCAAGCACCAGUAUCACGACCCAAAGCAGUCCUGCUACGGCACAUACCGAAAGCAGUCCGCCGUCAUCAACAAAUAGAGCUGGAUAUGCUACCACAUCUCCAUCAAGCACACCACCAACUCAAGCUCUAACCAACGAGAGCAGGCUGCGUCCUGGGCAAAUAGCAGGGAUCGUCCUUGGUUCCCUCGCAUUCCUUCUCCUCGUCAUUGCCUCGGUCCUGUUCGUACUUCGUAGACGAAGGCGAGGAGCCGAUAAAGACUUGGGUUUCGAGGGCUUGCUCAACCACACACCACCAACAACACCACCCCCUCCAAAUCCCAACAAACAGGAGAUAGAAAAUCCACCCACGGCGAAAGAACCACCACCAUCCCCCACCACAGACACCAACACCACCACCACAAAAGUCAUGCCCCCCACAACCCGCCUCUCCCAAUGGCUCAACCAACUGCGCCAUUCCCACGGCCCGGACACCACCACCACCACAACAAAACCCCUCCCACACAUCACCAUCGGCACCAGCAGCAGCACUACCCACGCCCCCUCCUCCAACUCCUCCUCCGACGCAGACUCCUCCUCCGUCCUCUCCAUCCCCGCCACCUUCGUCACCCGCCACACCAACAGCACCUUCCUCCCCACCACCCCGCUCCACCACCCCCGGUAUCUCGCCCCGCCACCGCCACCAGCACCAUCAUCAUCUACGCACCUCCAGCCGCCCGCGUCGCCGAGGUUGAAUGGUGGUGGGAGGGGCACGCGGCGGAGUAGUAGUCGGAGUGGUGGUGGUGAUGGGAGUGGGAGUGGGAGUGGUGGGAGUGGUGGGAGUGGUGGGAGUGGUGGGAGUAGCACGGAGAGGGAAAGGGGGGAACAGCAGCUUCCGUCUACGCCGACUUUGCCGGGGGGGGUUUUGAGGCCUGGGGCGUCGGGUAUACCGCCGGAAGUGCGACUCUCGGGGGUGGGGGGUGGGGAGGAGGGGUUUGUGAAGGUGCAGGUGCGGAGGUCGCCGUGA